UUCUGGGUUUCAAUUUGAUUCUUUUUUUUUCAUUUGUUCUCAAAGAUCAAAUCUUCUCCUUCUCUGAACUUAGUUUAGACUCACUGAGUCCAUGAGGAACUCAGCUGGUAAUCCACCUUUUCCGACGCAAGUCGCCGUUUUCGCCUCCUUGUUGCUUCUAUUUCAACUCAUCUCAGCUGCUGACUAUGUACCAACCGAGAAAAUCCUCCUAAACUGCGGCGAAAAAGCCGAGCUACCCGACAACGAUAAUCGAAAGUGGACGCCGGAUAUCGGGUCCAAGUUCCUUGUUGGAACCAGUAACUCAGUCAUUUCUCGAGCCGCCACGCAAGAUCCCGCGGUACCUGAAGUUCCGUACUUGACGGCCCGCGUUUUCCGCUCCAACUUCACCUACAGUUUCCCGGUGAUCGCCGGCCGGAAAUUUGUAAGAUUAUAUUUCUACGCUAAUUCAUACGACGGCCAAAAUGCAACCAAUGGUUUGUUUUCAGUCACUAGCGGUUCCUUUACUCUGCUCAAGAAUUUCAGCGCCGCUCAAACGAGUGAAGCUUUGAAUUAUGCUUUCGUUGUCAAGGAGUACUCCGUUAAUGUCGACGGUGAUUUUUUGAACUUAACGUUUAGUCCCUCUUCCAGUAACGAGUAUGCGUUUGUGAAUGGAAUCGAGGUAUUGUCAAUGCCUGAUAUUUACAGUAAUCCCGAUGGGGUGCCGGUCGUUGGUCAACAAGCUCCGUUCACCAUUGAUAACACCACGGCUCUGGAGAACGUUUAUAGGUUGAAUGUUGGCGGAAACGAUAUCUCGCCUUCCGGUGAUACGGGUCUUUUCCGGUCUUGGUACGAUGAUCAACCGUACCUUUUUGGUGCUGCCUUUGGUGUUUCUGCAUCUGCUGAUCCGAAUGUCACCGUUGAUUACGGGACCAUGCCGACAUAUAUCGCUCCGACGGGUGUUUACACGACGGCUAGAUCGAUGGGGCCGAAUGCUCAAAUAAACGAAAACUACAAUUUGACAUGGUUAUUCAGCAUUGAUUCUGGAUUCUCUUACUUGGUGAGGUUACAUUUCUGUGAAUUUACUGAUAAUAUUACUAAGAUCAAUCAGAGAGUGUUUGAUGUUUUCCUCAAUAAUCAAACUGCCGAGCAAGGGGUUGACGUGAUUGGCAUGGCGGAACAAGUCGAUGUUCCGAUGUAUAAAGAUUACGUUGUGGUUGUUCCCGGUGGGAAUUCUCAGAAGGAUCUUUGGCUUGCGCUGCAUCCGGACAAGACUAACAAGCCUCAGUAUUAUGAUGCAAUCUUAAAUGGUGUGGAGAUAUUCAAGAUAAAUGAUCCGAACAACAACCUUGCAGGGCCUAAUCCUAUCCCUGGUCCGAAACAGGACACAGUGAAUCCUUCGUUGGCUUUACCAUCUGAUACAGGUCGUUCUAAGAAUGAGACGGUGAUUAUUGCCGGUGGAGUUUGUGGUGGGGUGGUCCUGAUGCUUGUAAUCGGUUUCUGUGUUUUCAUUGCUUUGCGUCGUAGGCAUGGGAAGGACACAAGCACAAGUGAUGGUCCUUCAGGAUGGCUUCCUCUUUCAUUGUAUGGAAAUUCACACUCAGCAGGUUCAGCAAAGACAACUACCACGGGGAGCUAUGCUUCCUCCCUGCCUUCGAACCUUUGCCGCCACUUCUCGUUUGCGGAGAUCAAGGCUGCCACAAACAACUUUGAUGAUGCUUUGCUCCUUGGGUUGGGAGGUUUUGGCAAAGUUUACAAGGGUGAAAUUGAUGGUGGGACUACUAAAGUCGCAAUCAAACGGGGCAAUCCGCUAUCGGAUCAAGGUGUACAUGAGUUCCAGACCGAGAUUGAAAUGCUUUCCAAGCUCCGCCAUCGCCACCUUGUUUCGUUGAUCGGUUACUGUGAAGAGAAAGGUGAGAUGAUCCUAGUUUAUGAUUAUAUGGCCUAUGGAACAUUGCGUGAACAUCUCUACAAAACACAAAAGCCCCCUCUUCCAUGGAAGCAGAGGCUCGAAAUAUGCAUCGGGGCUGCUCGCGGUUUGCACUAUCUCCACACCGGUGCCAAAUACACGAUCAUUCACCGUGAUGUCAAGACAACAAACAUUCUGCUCGAUGAGAAGUGGGUAGCAAAAGUUUCCGAUUUCGGCUUGUCGAAAACAGGCCCUACAUUGGAUCAUACUCAUGUGAGCACCGUCGUGAAGGGUAGCUUUGGCUAUUUGGAUCCCGAAUAUUUCAGGCGGCAACAGCUAACCGAUAAAUCCGAUGUCUACUCAUUCGGGGUCGUCCUGUUCGAGAUCCUUUGCGCUCGUCCGGCAUUGAAUCCCACGCUGCCAAAGGAGCAAGUGAGCCUUGCAGAAUGGGCACCACAUUGUCACAAGAAAGGCAUCCUUGAUCAAAUCAUUGAUCCUUAUCUUAAAGGAAAGAUAGCACCAGAAUGCUUCAAAAAGUUUGCUGAGACAGCGAUGAAGUGCGUGUCUGAUCAGGGGAUCGAUAGACCGUCGAUGGGCGAUGUGCUGUGGAACUUGGAGUUCGCCUUGCAACUACAAGAGAGUGCGGAAGAGAGUGGCAAGGGAAUCAGUGGAAUGGACAUCGAGGAAGGGACAUACGAUGACAUAACAUGUAAAGUCAAGAAAGAUUGUAACACAUCCCCCGGUUUCGAUGGUAACAUAACCGAUUCGAGGAGUAGCGGAAUGAGUAUGAGUAUGAGCAUCGGCGGUCAAAGUCUCGCUAGUACAGACUCCGAUGGGUUAACACCAAGUGCUGUUUUCUCACAGAUCAUGAACCCAAAGGGGCGUUAAAUUAGCAUUCGACAUCAGCAAUGGCCAUGACAAGGGCCAUUGACAUCAUUGGAAUCCAUUUUUUUUUCUUUGUUGUAUUCAUUUGAUCUAUUAAUAUAUAUUUGUUUUGAUCAAAACCAGUUGCGAUGUGUAUCUAAAAUUUGGUGAAGAGUGUGUGUGUUUGCUUCCACUCCAUUGAUAAGUUAUAUAUAGAAAACAAGGUAUGGUUCCACA